CCGUCUCAAACAUUUCUAGAAAUAUAUAUAAACAUCUCAAAAAAUAUCACCCAUUUUUAGCCAUUAGAUUCAGAUUAAAAUUAUAAAUUAAAAAAAAAAAAGAGAAGGGCUCAGGUUAGAAGUGGUGUAGGGUAUGAAAUUCUUGUUGGAGCUAGUCGUGCCUUGUUUUGGUUCCCAGCAGUUCCACCAAUCCGCCGCAACGGUGGAUGAUCAUAUCUCCGGAGGAACGCAGUCGCUAGUGAAACAGCGAAGGCGGCGGAAACGCGUCAGAGUUGCGGGCCAACCGGGACAAGAGUGGAGACCGUCCCUCAGCGUGAUCUCCGAGCACAAGCCAGCUUUGAAUGAGAAAUCAGAAGAAGAGAGGAAAGUUCGUCGGAAAAGUGAAGUCAGUGGUGGAGACGCGUCGUCUCGCUCCGGUGGUGGUCAUGUUCGUUUCGGCAGUGACGGUUUCGGGAGUAAUGAUUUCGAACCAGUAAUUCCGACAUUCUCACCGACCCCGUUCAUGUUUUGAGUUUCUUCGUAAAGUGUAUUUAUGUAGUAUAAUAUAGUAAAUAUUAAUGGAAAGAUGUUAGCAUUAUGUAUAUAUAUUUGAUAUUAAUUGUAGUAACUGCCACCGAUAUAUAAGCAUAUAUCAAUAAAUAUGUUUCGUCGAGCUCGAAAAAAAA